AUGGCCUCGGAAACGCCAAUCUCCACUGUCUACGUGCAGAAUCUAGAGGAGAGGGUCAAGAUCGAGACAUUGACCGAGGCGUUAACAGCCAUCUUCUCCGAGUUUGGUUCCGUGGUCGACGUUGUGGCCAAGAAGAACCUCAACGCAAAAGGGCAAGCCUUCGUUGUCUUCGACCAUCCGGAUCAUGCCGCCACUGCCAUUGAUGAGGUCCAGGGUUUUGAGCUGUUCGGAAAGCCCAUGAGGCUCUCAAUGGCGCGGACAAGGAGCGACAAAACCGUCGAGAUGAAGAGUGACGCCAACACGUACGAGGCACACAAGCGGCAUCGUCAGGCCGAAAAGGACAAGCGUAGGGCUCUCGAGGCUGCCGACGGCCAAAGGCAGGCGAAGCGAGGAGCUGCCGCCACGCAAGAGACCCACGCCUCUCGGCUUGCCAAGCCCACGGGCUUAAAGUCGACUGGACCGAGCGCAACCAAUGCAGUCCCCGACGAAUAUCUCCCACCGAACAAGACUCUCUUCUUGCAAAACGUCCCCGACGAGUAUGACGUCGAGGCGCUGACGGCUGUUUUUGGCCGAUUUGAGGGCUUGCGGGAGAUUCGGCUUGUACCCGGCCGAAAGGGAAUUGCUUUUGUCGAGUACCAAGGCGAACAGGGCGCAAUCGCAGCCAAGGAGAACACAGCAGGAAUGACACUGGGCGACAAGACGGUCAAGGUUACGUAUCAACGACAGUAG